AUGCUGCUGCCCUGCUCGGCGCUCGGCCUGGCCCUGAGCCUGCGGCUGGCGCUGGCGCUGGCGGAGCGCGGGCCCCCGGCAGCGGCCCCCCAGGGGGACCUGAUGUUCCUGCUGGACAGCUCAGCCAGCGUGUCCCACUACGAGUUCUCCCGAGUCCGGGAGUUUGUUGGGGAGCUGGCGGCCCUGCUGCCCCUGGGCCCCGGGGCCCUCCGCGCCAGCCUGGUGCACGUGGGCAGCCAGCCGCACACCGAGUUCCCCUUCGGCCGGCACGGCUCGGGCCCCGCCGUCCAGGAGGCUGUCCGAGCUGCGGCCCAGCGCAUGGGCGACACCAACACAGGCCUGGCGCUGGCCUACGCCAAGGAGCAGCUGUUUUCUGAGGCGGCGGGUGCCCGGCCGGGGGUGCCCAAGGUGCUGCUGUGGGUGACAGACGGCGGCUCCAGCGACCCCGUGGGGCCCCUGCAGGAGCUGAAGGACCUGGGCGUCACUGUCUUCAUCGUCAGCACCGGCCGCGGCAACCUCCUGGAGCUGACGGCUGCCGCCUCAGCCCCCGCCGAGAGCCACCUGCGCUUCGUGGAUGUGGACGACCUGGCCCUCAUCGCCCAGGAGCUGCGGGGCGCCGUCCUGGAUGCGGUGCGGCCCCAGCAGCUGCGGGCCUCUGAGGUCACGUCCAGCACCUUUCGCCUGACCUGGCCACCCCUGCUAACCGCUGAUGAGGGCUACUACGUGUUGGAGCUGGUGUCCAGGACAAAGCCGGGGGCCCGACGGCGCCAGCAGCUGCUGGGAAACGCCACGGGGUGGACCUGGGCUGGCCUGGAGCCCGACAUGGACUACGAGGCCGCACUGGUACCCGAGUCCAACGUGCGCCCUAUUGGUCCGCAGCACCUGCGGGUGCGCACACUGCCAGAGGAGGCGCCGGACGACGCCGGGCCCCAGCGCAUCGUCUUCUCCCACGUGCGGCCCCGCAGCCUCCGCGUGAGCUGGGCCCCGGCGCUGGGCCCCGGCGCGGCGCGCGGCUACCACGUGCAGUUUGGGCCACUGCCCGGGGGGCGGUGCGCACGUGAGCCCGUGGCCGCAGUGCCCCGCGGCCGCAACAGCACACGCUGCAGGGGCUGAGCCGGCACCGCCUACCUGGUGACCGUGACGGCGGCCUUCCGUUCCGGCCGCGAGCGCGCCAUGUCCGCCAAGGCCUGCACGCCUGAAGGCCAGCGCGCCCGUGCCCCGCACGCGCCACUGCCACCGAGGGCCCAGGGCCCUGAGCCACGCGCCAAGGGCUCCCGCCUCCCGGACUCUGUGGGAGCAGCGCGGGUCCAGGAACCAGGGUUUCGCCCUGAGGGGCCCGCCCAGCCUUUGCCCUGCGGGGACUCCGCACGACUCGCCAGUCUUGUCCCCCAGGCCGGGGGGCUCCUCGCCCAGCCUGCACCCUCCAGGGCAGAGCCUCCGACCCUGACUCCCCGGCUGGACCCUCCGCUCAGGCUCUGGCACCACUGCCUGCCGCCCCACCCAGGGCGCGAGGGUGGGAUUUAGCGGGAAGAUGGGCGGGGGUGCGGGCUCCAGACCUCCCCUGGGGGAGCCCCGGCUUCGCGUGGCCAGGGCAGCAUCAGCUAGGCCCCCCGGACCAUUCUAGGUGCCCACCGGCCUCUGGGACCCGGGGUGUCGCUAGAAGAUGGAGGGGGGAGGGCGGGGGUGGCUCUGGCCAGGUCCCAGAGGCUUCCUGAGCAGGACAGCGUCUGGAAAAGGGCAGGUAGGCGUGCUGGAGGCAGGAUGUGUGGCCAGCAGCUGGGUGGUAGGCGGGCCUGUUCACUGGGAUGUCCAGCUGGCCUGGGGCAGUGUUUGCCAAGGACAGUGGGCCCUUCCUGCUCAGGACCUCUGGGAUGCAGACGUGUCUCUUAAGAGGAAUGGGAGCGUGUCCCUCCAGAGCCUGGAACCCGGGCCGCGGGGCAACGGCCCGGCCACUGCACCUGCUUGUCUCCAGCCAGCACAUGCAGUGCCCUGCUUCUGGGUGGGUGGUCCAGCAUGCUUCCCGGGGGCUCACCCCAGUAACUGGCAGCACCUCCUGGCACUGCUCACUCUCCUGGGCUGGUCACCAGACAGAACCCGAGGGCCAGCUGCCCCUUGAGCCCCCAGGCGCCAGCCUGAUGCUUGCCUUGCCUCUCCCCACUAACACCCCAACUUCAAAAUGCAGUAAACCGGAUGUAAACCAGCCGGCACCUCCUUUUGUUUCCCUCCCAGUGAGGACAGUGUGGUGGGGCCAUGGGCGCUGCGGCUGCAGGGGCCAGGACUCGGGCCACCCUGUGCCAGCGCCCAACUCCGGGCAGCGCCCUCUGCUGGUGAUGCCAUUCCUGGUUGCAGCCGCGUCUGACCACGCCUUGGGGGCAGAA